AUGGCGGAGAAGCAACAAGUGUUUGUGUUACCUGUUCGUUUUUUAUCACUUGCUGAGCCCGAGUGAUAACGUGUUACAUCGAUUCGUGACCGUAAUCGAGGUCGUUACAGGAUGGGGACCCGUGUGGGUGGAGGUCUUCAUUUCACAGACAAGUCUUUGGUUGGGGUUUCUAGGCUGCUGGAGGACCUGCAACAUCUCCUGGAGGAUAAAGAUUCGGCUGAUAUUAUCUUCGUUGUGGGGCGGGAGGAGACACACAUUGCAGCGCAUAAGCUCAUACUUAAAGCAAGAUGUAAAAGUUUUGUAGAAGCAUCAGGAGGGGAGGUGUGUGUGAUUCCUGGCAGCACAGUGACCCCAGGCAGUCCUCAGACCACCAUCCGUCUACCACAGUAUCAGCCCAACAUCUUCAGACAAGUUAUCUGCUAUAUCUACACGGGCAAGGUUGUGAUGAGUGACAGUGGAGUGUUUGAGGUGUAUGGAGUAGGCCAUGACUUGGGCCUUGAGGAGCUCUGCCAGCACUGUGAGGACCACAUAGCCACCACUAUGACACCCCACAACGCUUGCACCUUCCUCAUGGCUGCUCUCAAAAUGGAGCAGAGGACUGGAGGGAGUAAGGGCAGUCGUUCUUUUGUCGACCGGUGCGUGGCUUACAUAGGAGAGAAUGCACUCGAGUGCAUGCAGACCUCAUCAUUCCUCAACCUCUCCAGAGAAGCUCUCAUCCGACUCAUCUCCUCUGACAAUCUGGCACUUGAGGAGGAGGACGUGUGGCGGGGAGUCUUGAACUGGGCCAAAUACGGCGCGGGAGUCACACAGCCCACACCCCACUGGACGGAAGAGGAGAGACUGCGGGUGUGUCAGCAGCUCCAGGGGGUCAUUAAUCAUGUCCGACUUCUGCUCAUUGAUAGCCAGGUUUUUGCCGAAGAAGUAGAGCCGACGGGAGCGGUGCCCAUGGAGCUGUCUCUGGAGAGGUACCGAUACGCUGCGCUGCCCAAUAAGUUCAAGGACAAUUCCACUAACGAGGACAAGCGCCUCCAGCCUAGGGUCUCACUCAAACUCUUCGCUGGCUCGCAGAUUCUUGUAAAUGAAAAGAUGUCACUGCAAAGGGUGUUAAACAGCUGGUAUGGUGUGAACAAGCAGAUGUGGAGACUCGUUUACCGCGCUUCUACCCAUGGCUACUCAGCAGAUGCUUUUCACCGCCAUUGCGACGGGGUGGCUCCCACUUAUACGAUUGUGAUGGGUCAGCACGGAGAGAUCUGUGGAGGCUUCAGCGAUGUGCCAUGGGGUAAGACGACCAUGAAAGGGCGAUAUGUGGCCUCGGACAAGGCGUUCCUCUUCACACUUGUCAACAACCAGGACAUUCCCCCUGCCAAGUUCCCAGUGGUCAAGAAAAUGUUUGCCAUUUGUUAUCAUCCAGACUGUGGCCCAAUAUUUGGUGCUGGUGCUGACCUCUUCAUUGCUGGCAACUGCAACCAGAAUCUCGAGAGCUACUCAAACCUGCCCCACUCCUACGAUGGGGAAAAUGCAACGUGCAAUACUCUCAUGAGUGACUACAACUUCACAGUUUUGGACUACGAGGUCUUCACGCCAUAUGGAAAAUAAUGGGGGGACAAAAGCAUUUAUUUGAUGGUCUAUGAAACUUGUUACAAUUUCACAUUCAUUAGUUAAUAGAUUUUAAAUUUAAAAUGAAAGAUUAUUGUUACUUUAGUAAUUUUUUUCAUCAUAUUAUUUUAAUUGUGACUUAGUUUCUUCAUGGGAGUAAAGAGGAAUUUAUGCCAUUCUUGGUUUCCCCAACAGAAAGAAACCGUAGAUAUCCACCCUAUAUGUUUAGUAGAUCGAAGACAUUCCAGAGAUAUUUAUCAUUAUUUUUCUAAAAUGUCAGGAGCAUUCACGAGCUAGUUCUCUGUAUGUUUGUGUUUCCCUGCUUUUGGAAUUUUUUCUUCUUUCCUUUUUUCAAGGUUGUUGAAUUGUUGUAGCUGUUGUUGAAAUUAAAAUGAGCAUUUUAGCUAUAGUUUGUUAUAGAGAAAUUAUUUUUGUACAGUACAGUUUUUACAUCAAUUUUUUUCCAUUCCAAGGAAGGGACACAACUUUUUCUGGUGUAUACAGUGACUAUUUGAUAUUUU